CCCCCGACAGCUCACAAGCUCCAGUGGCGGUCGUGGCGGGGAGGAGCCUGCAGGCCCCGGGCUGGCGGGAACGCGCGGCGCGAUCUCCGCGGACCAUGGCGGACCUCACAGUGUGCGCGUUCCUCACCAAGGUUCUGUGUGCUCACGGCGGCCGCAUGUUCCUGCAGGACCUACGCGGCCACGUGGAGCUGUCGGAGGCGAAGCUGCGGGCGGUGCUGCGGCGCGCGGGCCCCGAGCGCUUCCUGCUGCAGGAGGUGGAGCUGCGCGACGGCCCGUGGGACCCGGAGGCCGAGGUGGCGGUGGGCGCGGGCUCGGGCUCGGGCGGCGGCGCCACGGCCUGCAGGGUGGUGGCCGUGUCCUCCGCCCGCCUCUGCGCCCGCUAUCAACGCGGGGAGUGCCAGGCCUGCGACCAGCUUCACUUGUGUCGCCGUCACAUGCUGGGCAAGUGCCCCCACCGCGACUGCUGGUCUACCUGCGCUCUGUCCCAUGAUAUCCACACACCCAUCAACAUCCAAGUCAUGAAAAACCGUGGGCUUUUUGGCCUCAAUGAAGCGCAGCUUCGAAUCCUGCUUUUGCAGAACGACCCCUGCCUUUUCCCAGAGGUCUGUCUGCUGUACAACAAAGGUGGUGAUGUCCUUUAUGGCUACUGCAACCUCAAGGAUAAAUGCAACAAGUUUCACGUCUGCAAAAACUUUGUCCGGGGCGAAUGCACACUGAAGACCUGCAAGCGGUCCCACCAACUCAUUCACGCUGCCACCCUGAAGUUGUUAGAGGACCAGGAACUGAAUGCUUCAAGUGUCGUGAACUUCCAGAUAAUCUCUGUCUACAAACACGCGAAGCUGCACAAGAUGCUUGAAGAUAAAGACAGCGAGACCUCUGCUGGGCACUCACAAGGCAUCGAGAAGCAAGGGGCUCCUGGGGCUGGGGCUGCAGAAGCCAGGCCUGUCCCUGCUCAAUCGCCCAGGAAGCCCCAGUAAACCUUAAAGAGUACAGAGGAUAUGAGAAGCAGCUUGUCCAUCUUGGAGGAUCAGAAGCAAGAUUUCUGCUGAGCUGGAGUUUGUAGCUGUUCUCUCUUUCCUGACUUAAUAGCAUUGGUAACUUAAUGCCUUUCCAGGGUGGAAAGGAAACUGCACUUGUGGGUGAGGUUGGCCCUGGAGCGGGCAAAGAGAGGGUAAAAUUCUGAGCACAGUGGGGAUCAGUCCAGGGCAAAUCCUGAAGCUGUGACCUCUGUCUGCAGUUCUCGAGUGCCUUUCCAGCCCCGGCAUGGAGGGCAGGUUCCCACGGACAUUUCCUAGACUCCCUUCACACGCUUGCAUGGUAGACACCACAGAGUCUGUAUACUCUGCGUCUUACUACUUGGGUUUGUACAUAAUCCCUUUUGCACAGAAUUGUUUACAUAGUUGAAUUGCCUCCCUUAUUCUGGUGUAUUUCAAUACUCAUAACGUUUGAAUAUUUCAUUUUGUAUCAGAUGUAUUUGUGUCUUGUUUUGUAUGGAGUUUAAGAGCCAUUUCAUACCUUUGCUUGGCUUGUAGGUGCAAAACAAUGCUAUCCUUUGAUGCACAUUUCUUUAACUAUCUGUGCAGAUGAGUGGGCUCUUCUGCCCCUUCUUUUUGUAUGUCUUGAUUUCGUGAAUUUUCUAUAUGUUGCAUUUGUUGCUGGGGCCCUCUGGGCUAUCAUCCACACUGUGUCCAUAAUAUUCAACUUUAUGGGUCCAUCCCCAGUCAGUAUCACAGUUAAUACUCUUUGGUCUCUCACCAGAGUUUCUACCUCACCCCAGCCAAUUCUCAUCUCUUACUGAGCCGACCAGAGCUCAGCUGCUAUACCUUGAAGGAUGUGUAGUUCAGUUCACUCCUUCCUCCAGUUGUAUCUGUCACUUUUGUGGAUAGGGACAGGUCAUCACACACACACACACACACACACACACACACACACACACACACUUUGUCUAUUCUAAGGUCAUUCCUUCCUUCCUCCAGCCCGUCUGUCUCCACUGUUCUCAUCUUGUGACUUGUAGAUAUUCAUGUUCCCCAAUGUCGGUGUAUAAAGAGAAGGUUUGUGUUUCUUUCCAUAAUAUGACCUUUGAAAAAUAGGGGCAAUUCAGUAAGUUUUCAUAACGCCGAACUUACCUUGUUUAGAGAAACUUUUAUCAUGAGAGGAGGGAUGUAAAAAUGUCCUUUCCAAAUGAAAAAAUCAGUUUCCUCUUAAUGGGCAGUAAACUCAACAACGUAGGUCUUUGCACUAUGGUUGUCAACAACAGUAUUUCUGAAAUUGUGUUUUACAGUCUUUCUUUUUUAAAUUUCUAGUUGUGACUUCUUUCCUAAUGGUAUUUGUUGUGCCUGUGUGCUGGGAUCAAACCCAGGGUCUUGUCUAUGUGAGGCAAAGUCCUUGACCAGCAAGAUACAUCUAAGUCCUGGGACUAAACUUUGAAAGAAAUUUAGGCCAGUCAAGGUUGUAUAUGCCUUUAAUCCCAGCACUACAGGAAUAGAGGCAGGCAAGUCUCUGUAAGCUCAAGGCUACCCUGAUCUACAUAGUGAGUUCCAGGCUAGCCAGAGAUACAUAGGGAGACCCUGUCUCAAAAAGAAACAAUUUAUUAUUUAUUUAUUAUUAGUAGUACUUAUACUUUGUCAUUCUCUUGUAUAUAUUUGCUGUAAGCCACCCUAAGUCCUCAGAGGAAUGCUCAGUGCAUAUCCUUUACAUCAAUAGAGGUGGUAGACUUUUACAUCGUUGUUUUUGCAUCCACCACCAUUGUGCUCUUACAGAGAAUGCUUAUUGGUCUGUAGUCAUUGUUGCAAUAUGUUAUUGAAGUCUCUAAUAUUCCAUUUUAAUGUUCUCUUGGCAUUUAGUCUACAGAAUUGUCUUCUUGUAUGUGUGUGUGAUACUGGGAGUGUGCUCAUGUGUGCUAGACAAGUGCUCACCACUGAGCUGUAUCCUCAGCACUAAAAUGGUCUGUAGCUGUUACUGGACCAAGUCUGGCUGCCACCCCCAUGACAGGCGAGUGAGGUUAAGAGGUGGUACUGAGACAAAGCUUCUUAGAAAGGGAGGUUGGGCUGUUCCAGAGUCUCUUCUGCUGGGGAGCUAAUUUGGGGUCGGUUUAUUCAAGUGGUGAUGGCUGGCCAGGUAGUGCGCACUCACUGCCUAGUCUUGGGGUGUUUUUCACUUCUACAAGUCUCAGAAACAAAUGAGUAUUUCCUUGGGCUUUACUUUUCAAAUUAGUUCCACAGCACACGGCUGGAGGUAAGAGAAACAAUGCCACCAGAAGGUGGUGGCGCAUGCCUCUAAUCCCAGCACUCCGGAGGCUAAGGCAGGUGGAUCUCUGAGUUCGAAGCCAGCAUGGUCUGCAAAGUGAGUUCUAGGACAGCCAGAACUGUUGUUCUAUGGAGAAACCCUGUCUUGGGGGGAAGCGGGGGGGGGGG